AUGGAAGAGCGAGUAGAAGUGACCUUUAAUGAAGAUGGUCAACCAAUUGGUCCUAGUGAUAAACAAGGUAUCAAUGAAGAUGUAGAAAAUGAUGAUAUCAAUGAUGAAAUUCAAGAGGACGACGUAGAUAGUGAAAUUCAAGUGGACGACGUAGAUGACGAAUUUCAAGAGGACGGUGUAGGUGACGAAUUUCAAGAGGACGACACAAAUCUAGAUGAUGAAUUUCAAGAGGACAUAGAUCUAGAUGAUGAAUUUCAAGAGAACGAUAUAGAUGGUGAAUUUCGAGAGGAAGACGUAGAUGAAGAAUUCUUGGAAGAAGACAUGUGUGAUGAAUUUCAAAAAGACGAUGUGGGUGAUGAAUUCGAAGAAGAAAAACUUAAAUGA